UAAGAAGAAUGGCGACAUCCAAAGGAGCAAAUACGUACAAUCGACAAAACUGGGAAGAUUCUGAAUUCCCAGUUUUGUGUCAGACAUGCCUUGGAGAUAAUCCAUAUAUUCGAAUGACAAAAGAGAAAUUUGGAAAGGAAUGCAAGAUCUGUGUUCGUCCGUUCACAGUGUUCCGGUGGUGUCCGGGGGCCCGCAUGAGGUUCAAGAAGACAGAGGUCUGUCAAACAUGCAGCAAAAUAAAGAAUGUCUGUCAGACAUGUCUGUUAGAUUUGGAAUACGGUUUACCUGUACAGGUGCGAGAUGCAGCUCUGAAGGUCCAGGAAUCCAUGCCAAAAUCUGAUGUUAACAAGGAAUACUACACACAGAACAUGGAAAAAGAGAUAGCUAACACUGAUGGCACCACUCCUGUGGGAGCCUUGGUUGGCAAAUCCCAGACUCCCAGUGAUAUGUUGUUAAAACUGGCACGAACAACUCCAUACUACAAGCGGAAUCGUCCACACAUCUGUUCGUUCUGGGUCAAGGGGGAAUGCAAGAGAGGAGAAGAGUGCCCAUAUAGGCAUGAGAAGCCCACUGACCCCGAUGAUCCGCUAGCUGAUCAGAACAUAAAGGAUCGGUUUUACGGUAUGAACGAUCCUGUCGCUGACAAGCUCAUCAAGCGCUUUGGAAACAUGCCAAAACUGGAGCCUCCCGAGGACAAGACCAUCUCCACACUGUACAUAGGAAACCUGGGAGAGAAAGUGGGCGAGAAGGAACUCAGAGAUCAUUUCUACCAGUUUGGUGAGGUGCGGUCUGUCAACGUGGUCAGCAAACAGCAGUGUGCGUUUGUCCAGUUCACCACACGCAGUGCAGCAGAGGCAGCGGCCGAGGCUUCGUUCAACAAACUGAUCAUUAACGGCCGACGCCUGAACAUCAAGUGGGGAAGGUCGCAGGGUCAGCAGCAGUUGACGGGCAAGAAGGAAGGGGAGGAAGGACAGCUGAUGCUGGAGCCGGUUCCUGGACUUCCUGGAGCUCUCCCUCCACCACCAGAAGAAAUCACAAACAACUUCUUCAACCUGCAGCCUCCACCCAUGAUGCCUCCGAUGCCACAGCGAGUGAUGAUGUCACAGGGACCGCCUCCGAUGCCCAUAUUUGGAGGCGUGCCAAGAGGAAUGAUACCCCCAGGAAUCCGGUUACCUCCACCUCCCCCUGGUGUCAUGCCUAUGAGACCACCCCCUGGAAUGCCUCCACGGCCGUCCACCAUGCACUACCCAUCACAAGAUCCGACUAGAAUGGGUGCUAUACAGACUGGAAAAUAGCAUUAUCUCUAUCAUGUAGAGGUGCUGCUUUUCUGUAGCAAGCAUAAAUACAUGCUCAAGAUGACAAGUUGUUUCUGAAAACAGGACGCGUUUUGAUGGAACGUGGUUGUCUUGCCCAAGGAAAUGCCAUGUGCAUUCUGUUGUGAUCCAUCUUAAUGAUACAGACAUUGAAAGAUCAGGUCUCGUGCUUAUAAAAGUUUAAACUAUUAAACUAUAAACUUGAGUCUUUAAUAAAGACUUGCCCUUUAUUAUAAAUAGAAUGUGCAUGUAAUUAAAGUCAGAAAAUUUGCUAAAGUCACAAGUCUAGGCAUUGAAGUUUAAUAAGCAUUGAGUCUUUAACUAGUGAAAAACAUGCCUCUAAUGUACAGUUGAUUGUUAUUAUUUUUAGAUCUUAAAAUGUAAUAAAAUGUGAAAACGGAUUAUGAUUUCUUUGGAGGAAAUCACUGUUCGGAUUUUAAUAAAAGUUAUUUAAAAAAAAUAAAAAUUAUACAUAACUUGG